AUGGAUAUAUUGUUGGAACGAUCAGACGACUCAGAGUAUGAUUACCUGAAUAGCGCUCGCGCCAGUAGCGAAGAGCGAGUCUAUCCGGCAUCCAGGUCGACGUCGAGCGAUUCAAUACCCUCGAUUCCAUCACUUGGAGAGGACGAUCAUUCCUUACUAUCUUUCAGUAAUCCGUCAACACCAGGCUCCGCGCUGAAAAGACCUAGCACGGAGCGAAAAGAGAGGGUCCUUUCCUCCCCACCAGCCGAGAACUGCGCGCUCGACCAUCCGCUCCUGCGCUUCUCUGUUGAUGAUUACGAAGAUACUAUCCAAGUUUUAUUACCUCCUCUAGAAACGCCCACAAAGGUUCCGCCCGCGACUCUUCGGGCAUCCUUCAAAUCCAAUCUCACCGCCUCCCUCCAAGCCCUAAAGUCCGCCGCAAAGUCUUUCUCAAACUUCACCGCCCCCAGCGUCCCCGCGGAUGACCUCCUCACCCGCUCCCUCCUCUCUCCGCGUUUCACUAGCGAGAUGCGCCCGAAGCCGCUGCAAGGUGUGCCCACGCCCGCCAUGCGCCGCUACUUGAACCCAACAGCAGUCGCCCGUCCCGUGUCACGUGCCGACCUUUCCACCCAGCUCCACGAGGCCCUCCUCGUCGGCACGGCCUCAUUCGACGAUGUGGACAACACUGCCCCCAUGAUUCAGCUCCAGACCUACGAGCGCCGCCACUCGCGCAGCACGUCGCGUCGGCGGCGCUCUCCGUCCCCUGGAUCCGCUAAUGGAGCCAUCGAUCCGCAGUCCGAGGCUGGGAGAGCGCUGCUUGCGCCGGCGGUUCGCCAGCGGGAGCCGAGAGAGAAUAGUGACUUCUUGAGGGUUAUUGUGCUCGAGAUGAAUAUGCGACGGGAGGGCAAGCUGGAUGCGAAAGCCAUGGGGAAGGCGAGGGUUUGGCUGCCACCGCGGAAGACGGGCGCGGCUGGUGUGCAGGACGUGCCGGGGCGGGUGCCACGUAGGUGGAGGGGCAUGACUGUCGACGAUUGA